CACAGAGCUGGAAAGCAGCUGUGAGCAGCAUCUAGCGUCGCUACUUUUUAAGCAAUCCCGAUGAAGUGCUCGUAAGAGAAGCCGCUGAUCCUGCCCGCAACCUUUUCGCAGGGCAAAGAAAAUUGAUCAGCGUCAAGUGAAGAUCACAUUUUUAUAUGAGAUCUUGACUUUUUCUUCCCUUCCCCUUUUUUUCUUACAGUAUAUUUUUAUAGACUUUGUUACUAAGAAAAAAAAAUCAACAUGGUGCUGGGGAAGGUGAAGAGUUUGACAAUAAGCUUUGACUGUCUUAAUGACAGCAAUGUCCCCGUCUAUUCUAGCGGGGAUACAGUCUCAGGAAGGGUAAAUUUAGAAGUGACUGGGGAAAUUAAAGUCAAAUCGCUUAAAAUCCAUGCAAGAGGACAUGCAAAAGUACGCUGGACUGAAUCUAGAAAUGCUGGAUCCAACACUGCCUACACACAAAAUUACACUGAAGAAGUAGAAUAUUUCAACCACAAGGAUAUCUUAAUUGGGCAUGAAAGAGAUGAUGAUAAUUCCGAAGAAGGCCUCCACAUCAUUCAUUCAGGACGGCAUGAAUAUGCAUUCAGCUUUGAGCUUCCACAGACACCACUUGCUACCUCAUUUGAAGGCAGACAUGGCAGUGUGCGCUAUUGGGUGAAAGCAGAAUUGCACAGGCCUUGGCUUCUACCAGUAAAAUUAAAGAAGGAAUUUACAGUCUUUGAACAUAUAGAUAUCAACACUCCUUCAUUACUGUCACCCCAAGCAGGCACAAAAGAAAAGACUCUCUGUUGCUGGUUUUGUACCUCAGGCCCAAUAUCCUUAAGUGCCAAAAUUGAGAGGAAGGGCUACACCCCAGGUGAAUCAAUCCAGAUCUUUGCGGAGAUUGAGAACUGCUCUUCCCGGAUGGUGGUGCCAAAAGCUGCCAUUUAUCAAACACAGGCAUUCUAUGCCAAAGGGAAAAUGAAGGAAGUAAAGCAGCUUGUUGCCAACUUGCGUGGGGAGUCCCUGUCAUCGGGGAAGACAGAAACCUGGAAUGGCAAACAGUUAAAAAUUCCACCCGUCUCCCCCUCCAUCCUUGACUGUAGUAUAAUCCGUGUGGAAUAUUCUCUAAUGGUAUAUGUGGAUAUUCCAGGUGCAAUGGACUUGUUUCUUAAUUUACCACUUGUCAUCGGUACUAUUCCUUUACACCCAUUUGGCAGCAGAACAUCAAGUGUGAGCAGUCAGUGUAGCAUGAAUAUGAACUGGCUUGGCCUGACUCUGCCUGAAAGACCAGAAGCACCUCCUAGCUAUGCAGAAGUGGUCACCGAGGAGCAAAGACAGUCCAGCCUAGCACCUGUAGCUGCUUGUGAUGACUUUGAAAGAGCACUUCAAGGACCAUUAUUCGCCUACAUCCAAGAGUUCCGAUUCCUACCACCUCCACUUUAUUCUGAGAUUGACCCAAACCCAGAUCAGCCCUCAGAUGACAGGCCAACCUGUCCCUCUCGCUGAAGGAAUGCUUCCUAAGAAAAGUUGACCUGGGUCUGAAUUGUAUUUUCACCGUGUUGAAGAUAAAGGCGUUCCACGGAGACACACUUUAAAAGGAAGUUGUUGCCUAAAAGAAAAGGUGAAAUAAAGAAACAACCUGUGAUUAUGCUUUUGAAGUCUACAGCAAACAUCAUAGGACUGCUCUCCAUGCUUGAAGACCUGAGCUUUCCCUCCCUGUUGUAUACUGGCACAUUCUAAGAGCAGCCUUAAUAGCCUACACUCGUGUGUCAAAACACUCACCGUGUUGCAAGAGGGAUGAAUUCCUCUUUUGAUUUGAAAAUUUGCACAUGCUCAAUGCUUUCGUUGUGCGGUUCAGUGUCACUACAGCUUUUUCUCAUUUAUGUUGGACUGUUGUUAACCCCUUUAACUUGUUUGUGGUCCGCACAACAAGGAGCGAAAGAAAGCUUUGAAAACUUUAUGAUGACAAAUGCACUGACUUUUUUAUUGUUAGAAAAAACAAACAAACUAUAUAGUCUGGACUUUUCCUGCAUAUGCACAUGCUCAGAAUUGUCCCAAUAAGACUGAUCCGUGUAUCACCUCUUCAGCUUGGAUCCUGUUGUGGAUUUAUUACAAACAUCAAAUGCCUUCAAGCCAAUCCUUGCGGUAUGUUUUGCAGCCUACUGUAGUAGACAAGCAACAGAUAUGUGAGGCAAAAAAAUAACAGAAGGAAAUUAAUAGGAGUCUUUGUCAAGAUUGUAUACCUUCUUGAUUCCUUUUUAAGAAUUUGUUGCCUUUCUACUAUUACCGCAAAGAAGAAUUUUGUUACAGACUGCCUAAAAUCACUUAAUCUCAGGUGAACUCAUCACUUGCCAAAAUGUUGAAAUGCUAUUUGUGUUUAUGUUGCACUGUUGAGUUUUUUUCCUCUUCCUGUUUUUGUUACUUUGUUUUAUUUGGAAAGGGUAGUUUGGAAAAGGGACAUGCACAAAUGAACACAUCCUCAUUUCUUAUUAUCUUUAUGGCACAUGAGACAUAAUUCAUAAGACUUGGUCAAAUUAUGAUGUUUUUUGAAGAGCCACAGGAGGUAGCACCCAACAUAUAUCAGCCAAGAGUUACUGGAGAAAAGUUGUGUAUGAUUCUUAUAGUGACUUGCAUAGUGAUUUCUCAGCCAGUGGGGUAGGUAGGGAAAAUGAAUAUAUUUUUAUACAUAGUUAUCUCAUGAUGACAGACUUGUGCAAAAAGAUUUGUAGUGAACUUUUUGUUGGGGAUAAGAGAAGGUCUUCUCUCAAACAGACAAUAUAUCUUAAAUAAGAAGAGAGUCACUUCUUAGAAAAUAUUUCCCAACAAGAGCCACUCAGAUUACGUUCUCUGAAGAAUUAUAGUGACUCAGAAUAGCCAUAAGUAACUGGCAGGGGUUUACUUUGAUUUCAAAAUUCAGAGUGGGGGUUCAGCACAGAAUACAAGGAGUCAGCUGUUAGAUGAUGGACGUUGGGGGCUCUUGACACAAACGCUAGCACUUCGGCAUUAAAGAUAUACACUCACGCACAACUGUCCUCUUCAGAAAUAAACUUGUGACUGGUGGGGUUUUUUUUACCAAAAGCAGCCUUCCUGAAGUUCAAGGUGACAGUGGUAUGGCUCUCGUGUUACUUAACCCCACGCUUUAUAACCACCAGAUUGGUUUAAAGGUUGCUUUCUCUGGGGUGAAGCUCCACGGGUUCAAAUGUCUCUUGCUGUUGAGGCUUCAUAACAAACAGGACAGGCUUUUCAAUAAGUGGCCUUUAAUAAAACAUGGACAACAAUUCAUGUUUGAACAAUAACAGGGUGAAAAAUAAACAGUAUAUAAAUGAGUCACGUUUUAAGUGAUUCACUUAAAAGAGUUUGGCCUUCAGCAAGCAAACUUCAUAUACUGGAUAAUAAGGAAACAGAGUGAUGGAAUUACUUUUCUUUUUUUAAACUUGCUAAGCGAUUUUGUGAAUGUCCCUCUUCCACAGAAGGUAAAACAAUAUUUUAAUGGGAUAGUGGCAUAAAAGGGCAUUUGGUGGUUUUCUUUUUGUUUUCCUUUGCUGUUUUUGUUUCAACUAACUAGGGAACAAUUGCUGUUAUGCAUAGCAUUACAUUUAUCACAGUACGAUGAGACUUUCCAUGAUGCAGGAUUGACCAAUAUUGUAGUAAUUGGCAUUGCAUUGCAUCAAUUUUGUGAUCAGGUUUAAAGUUGUAAACACUAUUAAAAUAAAGUUGUUUUUACAAAAAGAAAUGUUACUCUUUUUGUGGCAUUACUGCUAUUUUUGGUUUCAUAAAAUAUUGGUCAAUUUCUGGACAUUGUAAAAUAUGAGGUUCAGAGCUGUAGUCCAGUAUUCAAAAUAAUCUCCUAAUUUUUUAAAAAAAUGGGACAAAAAUAAGUAAAAUCCAAAAUGUUAGAGAAACAAAGUGCAAUAUUUAAUGUUUGCUUUAUAGAUUAUAUUCAAUGGCUGUUUGUAUUAUGUUUUCUUUUUUCUUUUUUUAGUUUGGUGCUGAAUAUGUCCUUGUAGACUCUGUUUCAAGAAAACAAUAUGUGGAAAACAAUUUAAUUUUUCCUAUUGCUCUUCCUUGUCGAUAAUAAACUUUUUUUUACAAAAA